AUGAUUCUUGACAUCAGGGAAUCGGAGAACGUUAACGACACUAUUGAAAAGUAUUUUGUAACAGAAAAACUAGACGGAUUUAUCUGUGAAAGAUGUCUACGACAAGAACAAAUUACAGGCGAAUUGAGAAUAUAUAAAUCAGUUGAUUCGGCUACUAAUCAAGAUGAUGUAGUCAACUAUCCACCGGAAUUUUUAAACUCGCUGGAUUUGCCAGGAUUGCCACCUCACAAUCUUCAAUUAAAGGUUGGAUCGGUGGUUAUAAUGUUGCGAAAUAUCAACCAACCGCGUCUUUGCAACGGUACACGGUUAGCGAUAAAAAAAUUACUAAACAAUGUGAUAGAAGCAACUAUACUCAAAGGAAAGUAUAAAGGAGAAGAUGUUCUCAUACUGCGCAUCCCAAUGAUUCCGACUGAUGUGCCAUUUGAGUUUAAACGACUACAGUUUCCAGUGCGUCUUGCUUUUGCUAUGACUAUAAACAAGUCCCAGGGGCAAUCAUUAAGUGUUUGUGGUAUUAAUCUAGAAAACCCAUGUUUCUCACACGGUCAAUUGUAUGUUGCCUGUUCCCGUGUUGGAAAACCAUCAGAUUUGUUUAUCUAUGCGCCAGGUAAUCAAACAAAAGACAUCGUAUACCACAAAGCACUACAAUGA